AUUACACAUGAGUAACUUUAAAGAGAUCUGCACAGUCCCCACUGAUUUUGGUGUUACUUUUACAAAGUUCAAGAGUGAGAAGACAGGUUUGACUGUCAUGUUAGCCGACAUUGAGGCUCCUCUUGUCAACGGUUAUUUCGCCUUGGCUACUGAAAGUUUUGAUGAUUUUGGCUGUCCUCAUACUUUGGAACAUCUUGUGUUUUUAGGAAGUGAACAAUAUCCUUACAAGGGCGUUCUUGAUUCACUUGCCAAUCGUGCUAUUGCUCAAGGUACCAAUGCUUGGACAGAUGUCGAUCACACUUGUUACACCAUCACGACAGCAGGAUCCCAAGGAUUUUUAAACAUUUUACCUAUCUACGUCGAUCAUAUCUUAUAUCCAACCUUAACGGAAACAGGCUAUCAUACCGAAGUCCAUCAUAUUAAUGGAAAGGGAGAGGAUGCUGGUGUUGUUUACAGUGAAAUGCAAGGUUGUCAAAACUUGGGUGAUGAUAGACUUCAUCUUCGUAUGAAGAGAAUAAUGUACCCCGAGACAUGUGGCUAUAGAUCAGAAACUGGUGGCCUUAUGGAAAGAUUGAGAGAAUUAUCUGUCGAUAAAAUUCGCGAUUACCAUAAGUCCUAUUACAGACCUGACAAUCUCUGUUUAAUUAUCACGGGUAAAGUUGAUAAGGACGAUUUGUUAAAAGCGUUGGAACCUGUAGAGGAAUCGAUCAUUAAGAAGGGACCUCUUCCUGAGAUGCAAAGACCUUGGAUCAGUACAGGAGAUUUCCCUGACCUCAAAGAGGAUAUAACGGAAACUGUUUUUUUCGCGGAUGAAGAUGAAUCCAUGGGUUCUGUACUUCUUGCGUGGAACGGUCCCAUGUGUCAUAAUUAUCUCGCUCAAAAAGAGUUGGAAGUAUUAAACGUCUAUCUUACGGACUCACCCGUUUCCGUCUUACAAAAGGAGUUUGUUGAGAUUGAGGAUGCUCUUUGUACCGACGUUGAUUUCCACAUCACCGAUCAUUUAAAAUCCACCUUGAUGUUUACUGCCUCCAGUGUGCCUAUUGAAGAAAUUGAGAACUUCCCUACAGAACUCUUUAAAACAUUGAGACGUUUGGUUGAUACAAAGGAUAUUGAUAUGACCCGAAUGGCUACUGUGAUUGAAAAGGAAACUUUGAAGCUCUUAGAUAGUGCUGAAACAGACGCCCAUGAUACAGCUGCUGCUGUUGCUAUUUCAGACUUCUUGUACGGCUCCCCUGACGGCAGAGACCUUAAAGAAUCUGUCAAGGAUCAAGAGUACCUGAAUAUCCUUGCCAAGUAUACGAUCGAAGAUUGGUUAAGAGUCCUUCAAAAGUGGUAUCUUGAUGCUCCCCAUGUCACCUUAUACGGAAAGCCAUCUGCAGAAUUUGCUGAGCAACAAACGGAGGACGAGGAGAACCGUAUCGAGAAGCAAUGUGAGGAUCUCGGCGAGGAAAAGUUGGAUCAACUUCAAAAGCAAUUGGAUGAUGCUAUGGCCAAGAACGAUACACCUAUUCCUAAUGAGCUUUUGGAAGGUUUCAAAAUUCCCUCUGCUGCAACCAUCAAAUUUAUAAAUGUCGUUACUGCUAGAAAUAACGACACAACCUUGUCGAAUGAGGUACAAGAGCAUGUUAAUAAGGAUAACAGUGCAGAUGUACCUUUGUUUAUUCAAUUUGAUCACGUCAAAUCUCAUUUUGUCAAGCUCUCUGCUCAUAUCAGCGCCUCUUCGAUUCCCUCCAAGUUACUUCCCUACACGAAGCUCUAUUUGAAGGCAAUCUUCUCCCUUCCUAUCGAAAAGGAUGGUCAAUUGAUUUCUUUCGAAGAUGUUGUCAAGGGAUUAGAAGAAGACACAGUUGAGUAUGAUGCUAGUCUUGGAACCAACUUUGGAUUUAGAGAGUUGGCUGUGUUUACAUUGAAGGUGAGCGCUUCCAAAUUUGAAAAGGCUGUGCAAUGGCUUCACGAUAUUUUAUGGAACACCAAAUUUACUGCCGAAAGAUUGAAAAUUGUCGCUUCUCAAAUUUUGAAUGAUAUUCCUCAGGCAAAGAGAGAUGGACAUGAUAUGGGUAGUGCUACGAUGCGUGCUCUUCAAUACGAUCCUAAAAAAUCUGUCAAUGCUGCUCGUAAUGUCUUGUUCCAAAACACCUUUUUGACUGACGUUGUAAAAAGAUUAGAAGACGAUCCUGCAUCUGUCAUUGCUGAAUUAGAGGAAUACCGCUCUUCUUUAUGUGCACCCAAGAAUCUUCGAAUCCACAUCACUGGUGAUAUUUUGAAUCUUGAUACGCCUAAGACAGCCUUCAAGGAUUUCUCACCCAAUGAAGCUAAAGAACCUUUAUCUGCUAUCACUUUGUCCAAGCAAGUACUUAGCCAUGCUGGAUUAGAGCCCGGAAACAAUGGGCUGAUUGUGACUUUACCUGCGAUUGAAAAUUCCUUCUCGCUUCAUUCAGUUAGUGGACCCAGUCGCUUCGACGACCCUGAUAUUGCACCCCUUCUAGUCAUGAUUGAAUUAUUAGACACGAUGGAGGGUAUUUUUUGGAAGUUGAUCCGUGGCCAAGGCUUGGCUUAUUCCUGUUAUUUGGAUGCCAAUAUUGAAUCUGGUUUGAUUAAUUUCACUAUUUAUCAAUCACCUAAUGCUUUCAAGGCAUUUGAGCAAGCUAAAAUUGUUAUUGAGCAAUUAGCCAAGCGUGAAAUGGAAAUCGAUCCUGCGUCGAUUGAUGGAGCUAAAAGUGCAGUGAUUUAUGGUUUGGUUGCAAAAGAGAAUACGAUGGAUCGCGCUGCACUCCAGUCGUUUGUCAACCAAGUUUUGAAGAAGAUGCCUGCUUCUUACAAUCAAGACAUGUUGAUUGCCAUCCAAGCUGUCAAGUUGGAUGCUUUGCAAAAUGUAUUGAACAAAUACUUUGUUAAUAUGUUCAAGCCUGAUACAAGUAAUGUUGUUGUGGUUAGUACUCCUACCAAAAACGUAGACAUUCAAAAGGGAUUUGAAAGUUUAGGAUUUAACAUCAAGCCUAUUGCUUUAAACGAUAUUACUGUUGAUGGGAUUUAA